AUGGAUGAUCCACACCAUAAAAAGAGGUACGAUAAUAUGAAAAGUUCUCGUGCGAAAGUCAUCAAAAGACUAGUGUCUCUGCCACCGGCCAAAGGCUAUCCGAAGUCGUGCGAGACUCCAGGAUUCCAAGCCAAAACAGGACAUUUCACGCGUGAAAACACUGCGAAGAUAAUGUCAUGCACUUUAUGCGGCAGAACGAACUACAAGACAUACGAGAGCCGAACUGUAAAGGAAGCUCAAGUACGCAGAAAAGUAGUGAUGGAAAAGAACCUCUGCUGGAAAUGCUUCUCAGCGGACCACAAAAGCAGUGACUGCAAAGGCCCUCACUGCAAAGGCCCUCACUGCAAACGCUGCAAUAGACUACACGAUGAAGCUCUUUCUUUACAAAAAGGAAACGCAAGCUCAUCAGAAAAAGGGCAGGGCAAAGUCCAGUGGUUCAAACCUCCCUGCAGGUACCUCCGCAAAGUUCAGAAGAGUGGAACUAACGCUCCUCCAAUACAGCCACAUCUGGGCGACUCAUCAACAAUAGCACUGCAUGAGCAGAUCGCUGCAGACAAAUCUCGCUGUACCGCUACAAACGAACAAAUAGUUCUAAUGGCUGCGGAUCGCCUUGUCUGGAAUCAUUCCAGCAACCAGUACGAGCGAGCGCUUUUCAUUUUCGAUACAGGCGCACAGGUCAGCCUGAUUUUAGAAAAAUCAGCUGAACAUGUGGCUUUGCCUGUUUCCAAAACAGAACACUACUCAUUGUCUGGAGUUAGCGGAAUGAAAGAAACUUUCUUGUCCCAUAAUGCCGCACUAAAGGUUCAAACUACUCAAGGACGAGAACUUGAAUUUUUCGUGAAAACCAAACCAAAAAUAACGGCAGGAUUUCCCGCAGUAUAUCUCACCGGGCGCGAUAUACUGUACAUGGAACGACAUACUUCUCACGAAUACUCGCAUGAGAGGCGAACUCCUGUUUUUGGACUUGAUCUCUAUGACCAUUUCGUUAACGAGAGCAGCCCACUCACCCAGUUAUCGGCCGGCCUAAAAUUCGUGCGAACAAUAUUCGGUCUAGCGGCAUACGGUAGAGGAUGA